AUGAUUGAAGUUGUUGCUUCGCAUGAUUUGUGGAUUUGGCAUGCGUUUUUUGGUCCUCCCGGAUCAAACAACGAUAUUAAUGUGCUGAAUCGGUUGCCCUUGUAUGAUACUACUAGAAAUGGAACGGCUCCAGACACGUCAUUCAUUUUACGCAACCGCUAUUACAAACGUAGGUAUAUGCUUACCGAUGGAAUAUAUCCUAAGUGGUCUACGUUUGUAAAAUCGUAUCUGCAUCCAGUUGAUCUAAAGGAAAUGAAAUUCAAGCGAGUGCAGGAGGCGUCAAGAAAAGAUGUAGAACGGGCUUUUGAGGUGCUUAAGGGAAAAUGGAAGAUUUUGGAAUGUUCAAUCCGGUUUAUGGUUAAGCAAAAGAUAGGGAAAGUCAUCAACACAUGUUGUAUAUUGCACAACACGCUCAUAAAGGAUGACGGGAGAGCUAUCUCACCGGUUCAUAUAAUGGAUCCACCGGUGCCUGCAGCUUACGAUCCUAGAGUUUACAUGACGAAAACGUCUAUCAUCGUCUUCGGUAUGAUUUACAGGAGCAUGUAUCGACGUUGGAUUUGGCAUACCUCGAUAAGCCAGCAGCUCAACCACCACCGAUCGAGGAUUUGA